AUGAGACGGAUCACGGGCAAACUUGAACACAGCAAUAAGCAGCAAGACGGAGAUGAGGACGAGGACGAGGACGAGGGCGAGGGCGAGGGCGAGGAAGUGGACGAGGACGAGGAAGAGGAAGUGGACGAGCUCGAAGACGGGUACGGAUACGGGAGUCAGAAGCGACGAAAUGCGCAUACUUACUCGCAAGCGUCGGACGACGUUACCUCGCAGCCGCCGCCGACCCUCCACCGACAGACCGGUAGACAGGUCCACAACGCAACGGUGAGACAGACGGACAUGAGGCAACACGAGGACGUCCGACAGCGAGGCGGUAUCGAGGGUAUUACUACCUCUCUUGUCGUCGACCGGUCAUCGAUGCCGAUUUACGCUAACCAGUUACGCGGCCACAACCGUCCUUCGGACGGUACGACGGUAUGA